AUGGCCGCCCGGGUGCCAAGCAGCAGCAGCAGCAGCGGUAGGCGGGAGCCGCAGGGCUCUGAGCCUGUCCCGGUGCAGCUGACCAGUUUAGUGCCCGUGCGGGUUGUCAGUGUGCACGGCGACUUUUUCGACACGGAGCUGCACCAGGAUGCCCCCCUGCGGAUCCUGCAGAGUGCGGUGGAAGACUGCUUCAAGGUGCGCCCAGAGCUGCAGCUGCUCACGCACAAUCGACAGCCGAUCAACCCGAGCGUCUCGCUGAAGCGGAAUGGGUGCUUGUUGUUGAAAGGCGACCCGUACGUGAAGAUUGUCCUUGAUAUUAAGAAGGGCACAAAGCUUAAUCUUGUCUGCCAGAUGCCGCACUACGAGCCUAUCCCUCUCGCUUGUGAGGGGGCUGACACGGUGUGGGAGGUGAAGAAGAAAUUCUGCGCCACCAUCGCCAAGCCUGAGCUGACGCCGCAGCGUAUUCGCCUGCUUUGGAGGUAUUGGGAGCUCAACGACAAGGCGACGCUCGACUACUACCACCUCCACACUAACGCAAAACUCUCAGUCAUGAAGAAGCGCGGUUUCACAGCAAGGCCGCAACAACAGCAAGCACAGCAGCCGACGUGUUCACCUGCGGGCGUUUCAGGCGGUGGUGUAUCUGGUGCUACCUCGAACGAGCCACCGCACCGCCCCAAUGCCAUUACUCCCGCUGCUGCUGUGAAGAAUAAGCCUGCCGCUACAGGCCCUGUAACGUGUGGUUCUACGAUGUGGCCAUCGUCGUCGAAGCAGCUUGGACACGCUGUGAUUCCAAUCGACCCUGGGACGGACCGAAGCGCCAUGAGGCCUAUUACUGCGGACAGCCGCGGCCAACCGCAGAGUUUCUCAGUGCAAGAUGCAGAGCUGGCAAAAAUUUCACAGGCAGCGGGUUUGGAGGAGCUCAAUCGCCUGAAGCAAGACGUCGCUUCACUUGAGCGUCGUAUCGGGGCAUGCAGCACCGAUCGCGUCGGCUGUGAGCUUCUUGAAGAGUCAUACCGCGCGACCUUAAGGCGGGUUGAGGAAUUAGAGGCAACUGUCGGUCGGUUUCAGCACCUGCUGAAGCGGGCGCUGACGCUUAUGUGA